AUGAUUUUUGGUCCCUAUCAGGCUAUCCAUACGUUUCUCUCCGUUUUCGGAGUAGGAAUCAACAUUUUCCUGCUAUUUUUGGCGGUUACAAAAUCGCCAAAAAUUAUGAGACCUUGCUCAGCGUUAAUUACAAAUAAAUCACUGACGGAUAUCAUGAGCUCAUUGGCCAAUUUGUUUGUCAUGCAGAGAAUUCUCACGGACGGCUCCUCAAUCUCCAUCAUCCCCACUGGACCAUGCACCUUGAUUGGUCCAACCGCCUGUUAUGCCGGUCACAUGUUCAUGGGCUCUUUUUUGGAGCACAAUUUAAUUUGGCUCAUUGCCUGUUACCUAUUCCGUUACUACAUUCUUUAUGUCCGUGAUCCAUCCAUCAAAAGUAUCAUUUUUGCGGCUUUCCUAGUUUAUACUCCGAGUUUCAUACAUAUGGCCGUUUGGAUCAAAGUUUUUGAUAUGGAGCAAAAGGAUUUUCCGAAUUUGUCGAAUUCCAAUUCUUCUGAUAUGGUCCUGACUGGAAAUACAGUAUACUGGAGCUCAAUUGUGGUCUAUGUGCAGUUGGUGAUCACAGCUGUGCUUGUGGUUAUAGCUUACACUUGGAUUCGAAACGUGCUCAUUAAUUUUAUUUUGAGCAUGGGAGCAACUUUGUCAAAGGAUGUUAAGAUUAUUAAUAAGCAGUUGGUUAAGAUCCUAACAUUCCAAGUGUGCAUUCCCAUCUGGAUUUUCCUUGGCGUCUUCUUCUUCCUCGCCAUGUACACUCAAAUUGCUCAUCCCGAAAUUCUACAGUACUCCAUUACGAUUUCCUUCAUGCUAGCCCCUGUAAUCUCUCCGUUCGCCUAUAUUUUCUUCGUCCCACAUUAUUGGAACUUCUGUAUUGGGAAGAAGUAUGUGACACCGAUGACGACGUCGAUUUGUGCAAGUUCUACGUCCACUUGCGGAAGUUCGGAGAAGAAAGAAGGAGUGGAAAAUUGA